AUGAUGUCGUUCACCGCAGAAGAACUGAUGAGCUUCGCGUACGAAGUGGACUUCGGAGUGCCCGAGUGGCUCAAGAUCUACUAUCACAUCAUUGCGGCCAUUUCCACGAUUCUCUCCGGAUUCUCAAUGUAUAUUAUCCUGUACCAAAGCGGCAAAAUGGAUGGAUUCAAGUUUUAUCUGUUUUAUAUGCAGGUGAGCUUCUGAAACCUAGUGGCCCGCACUCCUAAGAUCACAAUAGCUAUUGUUGUGAGAGCCAUAACUUCCAAGAGCUACAGUAAUCUUGGUAUAAAAGUGGUGAUACAAAAACGUGGUCAACUAGAACAGUGAUGUACUAGGUUUUCUUUUGCAGUUCGCCGGAUGGAUAAUGGAUCUUCAUCUGUCGACGCUCAUGCAGUUCGUGCCACUUUUCCCGGUGUUUGGCGGCUACUGCACCGGCGUUCUCACCACUGUUUUCGGAAUUGAUGACUCUUUUCAGACGGUAUGACUCAGUCGUUCAUUUGACCGGAAUGACGGGGAUCAUUGAACGAAAAGAGUUGUAGACGGAAACAAUUCCAGACGUUCACCGCCUUCUGCAUCUGUCUCGUCGCCAGCGCCCUCAACAGUUGCUUCGUGCGCAAACAUCAGGCGAUUGCGAAGAUCAGCCAGAAGCUGCUUCUCGAUGACUUCCAAUUCGGCGUCGUUCUCAUUCUGCUCAACCUCUUCCCAAUCAUCGCCGCCGCGUUCCUCUACCUGAGCAUGCUCAACAAAACGGAUCAAGUGGCGCUCAUUCACGAGGUCUAUCCGAAUCUCGUCAAGAGCUUCUCGGCUCUCCCCAACUACGUCGUCUUCGACUCCAACUUCUGGGCCAUCGUCACGUUCGCCUUCAUCUUCUUCGGCUGCACCUACACCGUCGUUCUCGUCGUUUCCACCACGUAUCACAUGUUCCAAAUUCUCGAAGACAAUCGGAAGCACAUCAGUUCGGCAAACUACGCGAAGCAUCGUGCCACGUUGCGAAGUCUCCUCGCUCAGUUUUCCACGUGUUUUCUGAUCAUCGGGCCUGCCACGUUGUUCUCUAUUCUGGUGGUUACCCGAUAUGAACACUGUCAGGGUAGGGAGUUCGAACCCAUCAGAUCCCCCGGACCAUUAUUAUUUCAGUGGCCACCCACUGGAUCCUCGUCGCUCUGACUCUUCACUCGAGCGGAAAUGCCGUCGUUAUGAUCAUCACUUAUCCGCCGUACAGGAGCUACGUGAUGGUGUGGAGGUCCAAUCGGCAAGUCCUCGGCGGGAAAGACAGCGUUUUCUGAUGUUUCUCUUUUCAGGUCUUUCCACUUUUCAAAUGUGCAGCGCUCUUCGGACGGCAACAACUUAUCGAGGAUUCAAACGGAAAGGAGCAUCGCGGUCACCAUUGCACCAUGA